CACUCAGGGGGAAGAUCCAACCUUUUCCCGCCAUUACCAAAACCAUCCAAUGCAACCCCAUGUCUGCGGAAGAUCGCUCUCUCAACUCCUUAGCAGACGCCCUCCAAUCUCCCAGAUCAAGCAAAUUCACGCGCAGAUCAUCGCUAGGUCACUCGCAUUAUCACGUUGUUCUCUGACUGACUCACUCAUCCACUGCUACCUUCACUCCAAGAACCUCAGUGUUGCGAGGACCUUAUUCGACUAUUAUCCUUCGCCUUCACCGCCAACUCUGUUAUGGAAUCUCAUGAUUCGGGCCUACUCAAAACUCCAGUAUUGUUCAGAGGCCAUCAGUCUUUUUCGCCAGAUGCUCACUGCUCGAUCUGUACCUGAUGAGUAUACCUUCACUUUUGUGAUCACUUCCUGUGCUCACCAAGAACUGGCUGUACAUGGGCAGACUGUUCACGGGAUGGUGAUAAAAAAUGGGUCUUUGUUGAAUUUGUACGUGGCUAAUUCUGUGAUCAGUGUGUACAGUGUUUUCGGUAUGGUGGAUGAUGCGUACAGCGUGUUUGACGAAAUGACUGAGCGAGACGUGUUUUCAUGGACUAGUUUAGUGUCUGCGUAUGCUAAGAAUGGGAAUAUGCGACGAGCAGGUGAAUUUUUUUGGGAAAUGCCGGUGAGAAAUGAUGUAUCUUGGGCUGUGAUGAUUUCGGGUUUUGUUAGUUGUGGGAGGUACACUGAUGCCCUUAGAUAUUUUCAUGAUAUGUCUUGCGAACUGAAGCCUAAUGAGGCUGUUCUUGUUUGUGCGCUCUCUGCGUGUGCUAAGCUCGGAUCGUUGGACCAGGGAAACUGGAUUCACGUUUACAUGGAUAAAAAUUGUAUUUCAGAAACUUCUAAUAUUAUGACUGCGCUUAUUGAUAUGUAUGCCAAGUGUGGGAGGAUCGACUGUGCAUAUCGUGUUUUUGACAAGAUUCCGAGACGAGAUGUUCACAAUUUUACUAGUAUGAUAUCCGGGUUAGCAAUUCAUGGACUUGGUGAAGAAGCUAUACGUGUGUUUCAGCAAAUGUUAACUGACAAAUUAAUCCCUAAUGAUAUUACUAUUCUGGGGGUUCUAAAUGGAUGUAGCCAUUCUGGUCUUGUGCAGCAGGGCUCUUCAAUUUUCUAUAACAUGGAGAUUUUGUGGGGAAUUGUGACUAAGAUCGAGCACUAUGGUUGUUAUGUUGAUUUGCUCGGCCGUGCUGGCUAUUUGGCAAAGGCAUUUGGAAUAGUCAAAACCAUGCCCCUUAAUCCAGAUAUAGUUGUAUGGAGGGCUUUGCUUAGUGCUUGCAGAAUUCAUCGUGAUGCUGAUUUUGGGGAACGCAUAAUUAAUCGUUUAGAGCAACUUGACCCUCAGAGUUGUGCUGGAGCUGAUGUGCUGCUUUCCAACUUGUAUGCUUCGCUAGGAAAAUGGGAAAAAGUUGCUCUUCUUAGGAAAACGAUGGACAAGCAGAAGAACCAAUCAGAUAUUGGAUGUAGUUGGAUAGAGGUAAAUGGUGCUGUUCAUGAGUUUCGAGUUGCAGAUUUGCUCCAUCCACAGAUAAGAGACAUUAGACAGAAGUUAAGUGAAAUACUGAAGAGAGUUGGGCUAGUUGGCUAUGCUGCUGAUGCCACACAUGUAUCAUUUGAUUUGAGUGAAGAAGAUAGAGAGCAAGCAGUAGCUUGGCAUAGCGAAAAGCUAGCAAUUGCUUUUGGGAUCAUGAAUACUCCGCCUAGGACUUCUAUAAGAAUAGUAAAAAAUCUAAGAACAUGUGAGGACUGUCACACUGCUCUGAAGGCCAUUUCCAAAGUUUACGACAGAGAAAUUGUUGUUAGAGAUCGUUCUCGUUUCCACACUUUUAAAGAAGGAAAGUGUUCGUGUAAGGAUUAUUGGUAGUGGUCAGUUCCCAAACAUGACCAAGGAGAAUUGGUGCACACUGUAUAUUCAGCUUCAUUUGGUUGCUAUUCCUCAGUGGUCAAGUGGAUCUCGGUUUAACACAAGUUUGAACUGUCUGGCAAAAGUAGUAUUGCAGAGCUGUCUGGGGCCGAAAAGUUUGUAGAACCCAUCAAGAAGAAUCUAUUGCAGACACUGCAUCAUGAAAGUUGCACGGCAGAUCUACUACUGCUCCACUGAUUAGCUUGUUUAUGCUAACAGGACAAAUAUUUGUGUUGUGUAACUCAUCCUUCUCCAACUUCAGACAUCUUUGAGCUACUUCACAGGAAAGGUUGGCACUAUUAUGUCUCAAUACCAGGUGGGAUCUUGAAUCCUUUGCCGUUUCACUGAAGACUGGAAACGAGAGAACUAGUAAGCCCGACUAAACCUCACAUCAGCCAUUCAAGAACUUGAAGUCAAAACUUUCCCAGAUGUAUGACACCAUAUCUUUUGGCUAUUUUACAACGUGCUUUGUUAAGGGAUCAAUCUGCUCACUCAGUUCUGUUGAAGCUCAGGAAAAAAGCAUAUAUACACGGAAGAAGUAAAAUGCUCGCACGCAUGGGGAACGGUGGAUUGGCUGAACAGAGGGGACGCGUGGUGCAAAGAUAAGUGCAACGACUACGGUGCGAUUGGGAUAUGCGUUUGGGACGCCACCCAAUUGUUUUUGGAGGGAGAUUGUGAAUGUUGGAAAUAGGGUUUUUUAAUUGCUAAUAAUAAUAAUAAUCUCAUUAUUAUUAUUAAGAAAUAUUUCUCAGAAUUAUUUUACUAAUUUACUCUCUCAUUUCGUUGGAAAAAUAAUGAAUUUUU